UGCUUCCAAAAUGGCGACGGGACGCCGAGUAUUAGUGACGGUGCUGCUCUGCUCGCUUUGUUGCGUGACAUUUGCUGUAAUUCUCAGAACUACAGACAAAGACGUGUGGGCCAAUGAAUUUGAGUCAAUCGAACUGACUUGCUUGAUCGAGUCUAUAUCUACAAACAAUCCUAGAAUUGAGUGGAAGAAAAUCAAAAAUGGGGUUCCCAGUUAUGUAUAUUUCCAAAACAAAAUAUCAGGUGAUUUGGAGAACAGGGCGCUGUUGAGAGAACCUGCAAACCUGCUGAUCCUGAAUGCCAGCAGGUCAGACAGCGCACUGUAUCGCUGCGAGGUGGCUGCCAUUGAUGACCAGAAACCCUUUGAUGAAAUACUUAUAAGACUGGGUGUGAGAGUGAAGCCAGUGGUGCCACGGUGCAGCGUUCCAAAUUCAGUCACUGCAGGCUCUUCUACAGAGCUACGUUGCAUGGAGAGCGAGGGCUACCCUCUAUCUCACUAUCAGUGGUUUCGCAACAAUGAGGAGCUGCCUGAGGACCCCAAAACCAGCAUCCGAUUCUACAACUCUUCAUAUGUCAUGAAUGCUGAGACUGGGUCACUGAAAUUCCGAAUAGUGAGGAAGGAAGAUGCAGGGGAGUACCACUGCCAGGCCAGAAAUGAUGCUGGUUAUGCAAAAUGUGCACAACAGCUUAUGGAAGUCUAUGAUUUUGAUAUUGGGAUGAUGCUUUCAAAGAUUGUAGCAGGAGUGAUUGCAUUCAUCCUUUUAACAGUGGGGCUCUGUCUGGCUCAGAAACACGGCUACUGUUCCUGCAGGGAGCAUCCAGAGCACGAUUAUAAAGUCCCUGAAUAUGACAGUGGAAAGGACUGUGUCAGUGCAGAUGAGGGGCAUUUCCGGCACAAAUCCUCUUUUCUCAUAUGAUGGAGAUGAAGGAGAGCCGCAGCGGAACUGCGUGCCACAAAUACGAACUAUCACAAUGUGAAUUUUCUUCAAAGGUGCAUAAAUAUGAUGAUCUUUGCCAAAGCUGUUAACAAACAUCACACUAUUCCACAGAUGAUACAGUAAUACAAUUCUCUGGGAAAGUUUUAUUCUCCAUAUGUUACAGGAAGGUUUGCAUUCACCCUUUUUUUUUUCCCUUUACAAGUUGGGAUUUUGGAUUUUCAAAUCCGUAAUCUGUGUGAAAUAUUACACUUGGGGAUGAGAUGUGUAGAUGGUUGAGGAAUAUUGUCGUGGAACUGAAAGUGCGUCUACAUUCUGCUGUGUAUAAUCAGACACAACGGUGUAAGGCAGGGUCAGUCAGUCACUGAGCUAAAUACGGGAUUCUGUAUUUCAGACACGCUGGUAAAAGCUUGUGGGGGGGGAGUGCCAUGCACGGCUGUUUUUGAGAUGUCGGGGUCAUGGGAUGUUAUGUAUCGGUGUUUUAGUGCAAGUUCUGUAGGUUGUAAAGUUUUAACAGCUCAGUUUGAGCACUCAGUCGAAAAUCUUUUUAAAUCCAUAGACCUGGUUGUGCUAAAUGACAAACCUCGAGUUUUACUUACUAGUUUUAUUUUAUGUUUUAUAUAAUGGAUACAUAUGUAUUUACGAUUCUGUCAGAGUGCUCUCUCUUUCUCUCUCUCUCUCUCUAAGUGACCUUCUGUAAUUUUUUUAUUGUUUUAUAUUCUUUUCUUGUGGACAAAUCGUCCAGCCUUGUGGCUGUGUUCAUGUGUUAGUCAUGUUGGUUCAUGGUAUUCGGUUGUCGCAAAGUCAAAUGGAAUUGCUGUGAAGAUUGUGGGCUAUGACCAAUAAAUAAUGAUAAUAUUCAUGACUUAAGUUACACUAUUUUAGAAAUUUCCAGAUUAGAAGUCGUCAUCAUCUUCUUCUUUAAUAGAAUUAACUCAUUAUCCAUUCACACGACCUUUACAAAAUAAUUUUCUCCCAGGAGGCGUGAAUCAUCCAAGGUUUUAAAAUGGCUUUCUUUUCCAAAGAAGCUGUUCCUGACUGUUAAAUAUUCAACGUCUUACAGUUUUGUGCGUUUUGACAAAUCGUCUUCCGUGAUGGCAUGUCCCACUGUCUUACAGGCAGCAUGACUGACUGUUAUUAUGAAUGCAGUAAAAAUGCGCCAUGGAACAGAAGGCUUUGGGCAGAGGCUCGGACAGUGCAGCGAGGUAAUAAUCUCUUAUAUUAGAAAUGAAAUCCGACUAAACUUUGCACCAAAUUGAUCUUACCGGAAUGUGAACUGUGCUAGGUUUGAUUUUAAUAAUAUUUGGGCUUUAUGUUUGAGAUGUUUGAUUCUGCAUGGCUAAGAAGAACUGUGCAAGAUAAAUUACUCAAAACAUGCUUACAAUUAUUUAAUGAAAAAUAUUAAAAUGUAUAUACAAUAUAUAGCCUCACCACAACUGCCUGUUUGAUACAGAACUAUUUUAGCGUAUCUUAUAAAAGUAAGAGUCAUUGAGUGUGUUCAGAUAUUUGUUACCCUUUCUUACCGUGUGUCAGUGUUGGUGUAGUGUUGGCUGCUUAGUUCACGAGGUGCGUUCUGGCCAAAAUGAUUCCAUUGUUAUUCCAUACUUAUAAAUAAUGAUUAAAUAUCCGUUUGAUUCAUAUUGCAAUAUCAGAUAUAUAUUCUUUAUCUGAAAUAAAUAUUAUAUAUCUAUAUAUCUCUCGAUAUAAAAUAUCAGACAUUCCGAGUACAGUGAAAUAUUUUGUGUGUGCCAUUUACAUGACAAAAUGAUACGUUCACGUCGUCCUGUUGUUUUCGUAUUGUCAGAAUUAUUUUAUGUGGUGUUGGUUAAAAUAAAAAAAAAAGUUGUAAUGUACUUCUAAUGUAAGAUUUGAACAGCAUUAAACCAGUGUAAAAUUCUGAUGUAUUGCAUUUCUGUAAAAUAGAUGACAACAUACUCAGGAGUUUGAAAGAA